AUGGCUACAGCAAAGGAAGCAGACAUCAAGACGGUCGGUGCGAACCGCUUCGACUUUGACUCCACGGUCGAUGUCUCGACCCUCCGCAGCUUGUACUUGGGCCCUGCUGCCACCUCUGCGUCUGUCCCAGGUGCUCCCAAAAAGUUUGGCGCCGAGUCUACCUACGACAAGGAGAGCAACUCGAUCCAGUACAGCACGGUCGCUCACUUUCCCCCCGUCCGGCUCUUGCCCAACGCGGACCGCAAGCGCAUCCUUGUGACUGGUGGUGCUGGUUUUGUCGGCUCGCACUUGGUCGACCGUCUCAUGCUCCUCGGCCACGAAGUUACCGUCCUCGACAACUUCUUCACCGGAAGCAGGACCACCGUCUCGCACUGGGUCGGUCACCCCAACUUUGGUCUCGUCCGCCACGAUGUUGUCGAGCCGUUCAUGAUCGAGGUUGACCAAAUCUACCACCUCGCCUGCCCGGCUUCGCCCCCUCACUACCAGUACAACCCCGUCAAGACGGUCAAGACCUCAUUCAUGGGCACUCUCAACAUGCUCGGUCUCGCCAAGCGGACCAAGGCCCGUUUCCUCAUCACCUCUACUUCCGAGGUCUACGGUGACCCGGAGGAGCACCCCCAGCGUGAGGAGUACUGGGGUCAUGUCAACUGCAUUGGUCCCCGUGCCUGCUACGACGAGGGCAAGCGUGUCGCCGAGACCCUCACCUACGGCUACAUGCGUCAGGACAAUGUCGAGGUCCGUGUCGCCCGUAUCUUCAACACCUUCGGUCCCCGCAUGAACCCCUACGACGGCCGUGUCGUCUCCAACUUUAUCAUCCAGGCGCUCAAGGGCGAGGACAUGACCGUCUACGGUGACGGCAAGCAGACCCGGUCCUUCCAGUACAUCCACGACCUCGUCGACGGGUUGAUUCUCCUCAUGAACGGUCCCGAGACCCGCCCCGUCAACAUUGGCUCGUCCGACGAGUUCACCAUCAUUGACUUUGCCGAGGCCGUCAGGGACAUUGUCGAGGAGGUGCAGAAGGAGGAGGGCAACUCGCUCGCCAAGCGUGUUGGGAUCAUCCACAAGGACAUGCCCGUCGACGACCCGCAGCGUCGUCGUGCCGAGACCACUCGCGCCAAGGAGACCCUCAAGUGGGCUCCCCAGUGGACUGUCAGGCAGGGUAUCUACGAGAUGACCAAGUACUACAGCGCCCAGAUCCGGUCCGGCGCUCUCUAG